CAGCCAGCCAGGGAUCCGGCCAAAGGCUGCUCUGCUCGGCGCCUGAACCCUGCUGCUCUGUGCCCGGGUGGGAGAGACAGAUGUCAGAGGACAAGACAGACAAGGUAAAAAUCAAAGCAGCUGAAAGUUUUGAACAUGAAAAGCAAAAUAUUUCUUGGCUGAAAAAAGACCGCCGCACCAGCUCCCUGCCUCUACUGGCCCUCCCUGGGGUGACAUCGAGCAGCGAGGACCAUCCAGAUAACCAGCUUACAAAUGAAAAACACACAGAUGAAAAGCCUAUGAAAGGUAUUGUUAUGAGUUCUGUCGCAGAAUUCAGCAUCACAGACGCUUCAUCAAAGGGUACCAAAAAUGAGAAGAAAUUGUCAGAUGCAAGCAGAUCAUCCAUUGCUUCCCUGGAGAAAUGCAGAGAAUUCUCUUACAUUGAAGAUGAUGCAUCAGUACAUCAGAGAGACAGUGACGAUAUUACCAGACCUCCGACGAAGACCACGGCAGCAACGACUGCAACUGUGACUGUGACAUUGAUUGCAGCCUCUUUGAGUCCUGCCAUGAGACCGGCGAGUGCCUGGAGCUGGCCAUGGAGAUCUCUGAAGUCUGCUAUCGCUGAUAGGAAAAUAAUUGACAAAAUUCAUCAAAACUACCCGACAGAUUACAAAGGAGAUUUUUUUUUUUAAUAUUAAUCAUAACCAGAGGUUUUGUCAAUGAGGACUAUGUGCAUCUUGUUGCUCCCUCCCUGGAGGUCUCUAUGUUGGCAUGAUAUCACAAACUGCUGAAACCAAUAAAGGA